GCGAGAGGGUCAGUACAGUAAUACCAGAGCCAUGGACGGACGAGUGCUACAGCUGUUAGUGUUAUCUGUUGUGAUCACCGCAGUAUGGGGCGUCGACAGAGCUGAGAUAGCCUUCAAAUCCUGCAAGACUCCUUCUGGGAUUCCAAAAUGCAAGGUCAAGACUGUCUUCGUCGAGGGAUGUCAAAAAGAAAGAACCCAUGACAUGAAUCAUAUUCCUAGAGCAGAGACUAAUGCAGAAAACUGGAGAAGAGGACUCAGAAAAUCUACCUGCGAUGUAAACAAGAAAACACAACUCAACUUCACAAUCGCGAUACAUUCUGGUUUCUCGACAGACCGGCUGUACAGUCAGUUCACCCUAGCAGACACUCCUCGACCAGACUGUACCCCAGAGGGUGGUGCGAGCCACUGCCUGUUCCGAGAGUAUGUGAGGAACGGCUGUCGAGGCAACACAUGUCCUAUAGGAGUCGACAUCACCCAGGAGGUCACUGACUACAUCAAGAUCAACCCGGACUCUAGUAUUGCUAAGAAAGCGUACAACGUUCAGUGGAAGCUGUGGAACAAGUCAAACAAAAAGGAAAAUUGUUGCUUCGUAUUUAAGCUCCGUUACUUCUGAGAGCGCGAAAGAAUGUCUGAGCACUUGAUAAUCAAAUUUAACUACAAUAAAAAUGUGUACGAAUUUUA